AUGGAUGAUGGUUACAGAAACACAAACCUCUAUCAGGGGGGCAGGGAAACAAACCAAGUCUCAGAUGACUAUAGAUACCAGGAUGGUAACUACGAAGGUUACACAACCAACGAUGGCUACUACCGUGGUGGGGAUGAGCCCACUCAUGAAGAAGAUGCCCAGAGUGAUGUUACAGAAGGGCACGACGAAGACGAUGAGGUCUAUGAGGGGGAGUACCAAGGGAUCCCACACCCAGAUGACAUUAAAGCCAAGCAGAAGCAGCGAGCUCCUGCCGGGGAUGACGACUACAGAGACCGUGCUGACCUUAUGGCAGAGAGGAUGGAGGAUGAGGAGCAACUUGCCCACCAGUACGAAAACAUCAUUGAGGAGUGUGGCCACGGACGCUUCCAGUGGACGCUCUUCUUUGUUUUAGGAUUGGCACUGAUGGCAGAUGGGGUGGAGCUGUUUGUGGUUGGAUUUGUUCUGCCCAGUGCUGAGAAGGAUAUGUGCUUAUCCAGUUCAAACAAAGGCAUGCUAGGCUUGAUAGUAUACCUAGGAAUGAUGGUGGGGGCCGUCAUGCUGGGUGGCCUGGCUGACAAACUGGGAAGAAAGAAAUGCCUCAUCAUAUCACUUUCAAUCAAUGCUGCCUUCGCGUUCCUCUCCUCCUUUGUCCAGGGAUACGGAUUCUUCCUCUUCUGCCGCCUUAUUUCAGGCCUCGGUAUUGGGGGAUCCCUCCCCAUUGUGUUUGCCUAUUUCUCUGAAUUCCUGUCUCGUGAGAAGAGGGGGGAGCACCUGAGCUGGCUUUGCAUGUUCUGGAUGAUUGGUGGCAUUUUUGCUUCAGCAAUGGCUUGGAGCAUCAUCCCCCAUUACGGCUGGGGGUUCAGUAUGGGAACCAAGUACCACUUCCACAGCUGGAGAGUCUUUGUUCUUGUCUGCUCUCUGCCCUGCAUCGCCUCCCUGGUGGCACUGAAAUUCAUGCCUGAAAGCCCGCGUUUUUUGCUGGAGAUGGGUAAGCAUGACGAAGCCUGGAUGAUCCUCAAGCAUGUUCAUGACACCAACAUGCGGGCCAAGGGCGAGCCAGAGAGGGUGUUUACGGUUUCCUAUAUUAAAACUCCGAAGCAAGUAGAUGAGUUUAUUGAAAUCCAGAGCUCAACAGGGACCUGGUACCAGCGGUGGCUGGUCAGAAUCACAACCACUUUCAAACAGGUCUGGGACAACGUGCUAUAUUGCUUAACAGCCCAGUACAGGAUGAACACACUGAUUCUGGCUGUCGUUUGGUUUACUAUGGCCUUAAGUUACUACGGCCUUAUCGUCUGGUUCCCCGACAUGAUCCGGUAUCUCCAAGAGGAGGCAUACGAAUCCAGAGUGAAGAUCUUUGACGAGGAAGAGGUGUCGCACUUCACCUUUAAUUUCACCCUGGAAAACCAGAUCCACAGAAACGGGGAAUACAGAAAUGAUAAAUUUAUCGGCAUGAAAUUCAAAGAAGUGAGAUUUGAGGACUCGUUGUUUGAGGAAUGCUACUUUGAAGAUGUGACAUCCGCUGAGACCUUCUUUGAAAACUGCACCAUCAUCUCUACUGUCUUUUAUAACACUGAUCUCUACGAACACAAAUUCAUCAACUGCAGGCUCAUAAACAGCACGUUUCUGAAGGAGAAGGAAGGCUGCCACCUGGACUUCGAGGAGGACAACGAUUUCCUGAUCUACCUGGUCAGCUUCCUGGGCAGCCUGUCCGUGCUGCCGGGUAACAUCAUCUCUGCAUUGCUCAUGGACAAAAUAGGGAGGAUAAAGAUGAUCGGUGGCUCGAUGUUGAUCUCUGCAGUGUGCUGCUUCUUCCUCUUUUUUGGCAACAGCGAGUCGGCGAUGAUCGGCUGGCAGUGCCUCUUCUGCGGGGCCAGCAUUGCCGCCUGGAACGCCCUGGACGUGAUCACCGUGGAGCUCUACCCCACGGAUAAGAGGGCAACAGCCUUCGGCAUCCUCAAUGGGCUUUGCAAGUUUGGUGCCAUCUUGGGGAACUCGAUUUUUGCCUCCUUUGUAGGCAUAACCAAGGUGGUUCCCAUCCUUCUGGCUUCCUCUGCUCUGGUUGGAGGUGGCCUGCUCGCUUUGCGCCUGCCAGAGACUCGAGACCAGGUCCUGAUGUGAGCAACUGAGGCCAGGGGGGGGUCAGGGGUGGAAGUAGAAGAAGAAGAAAAAAGAGCCAUGUUUGGAAAAAUCAAAAUGUCUUUUUCUAUACCAUUUUGUUGAUACCUCAAAGAGAGGGAGCAGAGGUGAAAGAAGAGCCCAAAGGGAUAAAAUGAAGCCUUUUAGUAUCUGACCCUUUUACAGCCAUGAUUGGUGCAUGCAGCUACUUCACACACCCUGCAGAGCUUUGCUGUUUGGGUUUAAUCCUGCCUACACUGGGAGCCUAUCCUUUCCCUCCCCAUCCCUGUGCAGCGACACAAGACACGAGCAGGGGCUUUGUGCGUGCAUGUGCCUGCAGGGUGUGAGCAGAUCCUGAGCCCCGUAUAUGAUUGCUGAGCUGUGAGAGCCUGCCUGCCUUGCCAAACACUCCCUGGCAAUUCAAAUAAGCUGUGCUCAGAUGCGAAAGGCAUCCAAAUGGCAGGCAGGUAACAAACCUACCGUAGGUCAGAUCCUGCAACAGGAACAACAGCUAUAAAUGUGACCUUACCUGUCUUGAUUUGGGGGUUGCAACUUGGAAAAAAUGAGAAUCCUGGUUUCUGGAGGAUUUGAGAGUGGGUGCUCAUCUCUCUUAGAAAACUCGGUGUCUCAAAGCCCCUUUACUGUCUUCACUUGUGCAUAAAGAAUCACUAGGCACCUUCUUGUUCUGGGAGAGAAAUAUAUACAUAAUUUUAUAUCUAUGGAUGUAUUUACACUUACUUGCAAAUGUAUGUGCACAUAUUGAAGUGAUCAGCUAGUGAAAUUUAUAUUUUUUAAUUUCUGCACUAUUUAAAAGACCUUAAGAGAGGCACUAAAGACUAUUCCCACUAAUUCAAGUUUAUCUGGAGCUAUGGCCAACUUAGUGACACAUCAUUCUUUAUACCAGACACCAAAUAUUUAAGUGCAUUGAUGACUGGGAGUAUAUAUUUCUAUGAUGAUAAAGAUCUUUUUCCUACAAACUUUCAUGGAGGAGAAAUUGAUAUGAUGUUGGAGCAUUCCACAAACCAAAUGUGUACAUAUUAUCCAGUGUAAAUAGAGGACUUUUUGUCUAAUACCUAGAGUAUGUUAACAGAGAAUUUACCAGCAUUUUAGCCAUAUUAGUUAAAGAAUAUGAUGCUUCAUUUUCUUACAUAUUUGGGUCUCAUCGAAACACUGUAAGCACAGUUACUUAUAGCCAUUUAACUUGCUACAGGGGGAAUGCACACAGCAAGCUUUCACUGUACAGAGCAUUAAAUUCUCCAUUAAGUGGGACAGUUAAGUUUGAUAUCCUGUACAGACUCUUUUUGAAUUUCAUAUGCUCUUUUUAUUGUACAACUUAAGUUCAGUUGCACCUGAAAGCAAAGUGAGCAGUGUAUUUUUGGAUAUAUUUUCUUGGGAAGCAGGAAUGAAAUGUAUACUGUUAAAUAACACACAUAAAUACCUAGAUAGUGCUAAUUAGUCCCAUUCGACAAGCUCAGCCAUAGACCAGAAUUGAGUAGAAAUGGUCACAUAAUGCAGGGAAUUUGUCUUACCGUGAUAUUUUCUGACAUUAAAAGUUGUAAGUUAUUUUGUACUUUUGCUAGUGACCUUUAUACUUUUCAUUGGUUCUUUUUUUUUUUUUUUUUUUUUUUUUUUAAAGAAAAUUGAGCAGUGCUAGGCUGAAAUCCAGCAGGACUGAAGUCUACCAUCUCUGCCUUCAGCUGCACAGAGGCAGUCAUAUACACCCACAGCUCACAGCAGGGCCAGCCCCGCGCAGCUGUGGCAGUCGGUGUCAGCACCACUGCAGAGGACAGAUGAAAGACACAGAGCGUGGUGAGAUCACAAGAAGCAAAUCCUUGCUGAUGAGACAAAAGUGUCUAAACAGCAUCACUUUCGUUACUGUGUCAGCUAGGGAUAAGCACUUAAAGAGCAGCUCGGCUACAAUGGGCUAUUUGGGAUUUUUAUAGAUUUACUCUGAGGUUUAUGAAAUUGAUAAAAUCACAAGUGGCUUUAAUAGCCCGGCUUAUUAUGCCUCAUUUCUCAUUUUAUGGGUAGCUUAGGGCCUUUUUUCUGAUUUGUCUUCAAAACAGCAAGGUUCCUUCGCUGAGGUAGGAGUGAAUGUAAUUAUGUCCUUUGGCAGUGGUUCACAGCUUCUGUUGAGAAUCACAGCCCACAAUGUGUUUUUUCUCUAAGAAUGUCUGAUCCCUUUGCAUGGUAAAAAGCAGCUAAAUAUGUGUUUCAACACAAAAGAUCACCAUGGUCUUUAUGUUUCAUUCUUUCUGUUGGGUUGUGAAUGCCCAUUAAGUCAUUGUAUUUACAGGGGAAAAAAAAAAAAAAAGGUUUGUUUCAUGUUCUGGACUAUUCUGUUGUGCUGCUCUGUGGAGCCAGAACUUAUCUUUAUUUAUUCGACAGAGCACUCUCAGUUACAUCCAUAUCCAGUGCUCUGACAGCAAACCUGAUUGAUUGUGUUUUCCAUUGACAUUGCACAGUUAC